UACUAGAUAGACUGUCUGAUGGAUUUUCUUCCUGCAAUGAGCUAGUUUUUCGUUUGUGAUCCCACGAAUCUAUCUUGGCCUCAUUUCGGUCUUGUGUAAACUACGAUAUUGUUUGGAUUGAUUUCUUCGAUUCUAUAUUUGCACGUCCUUCAUCAUAAUGUACAUUUACAAUUGCAAACAAAAAAUCACAAAUUUGAUCGAUGCAUAUGAUUCAUGAACUGAACAGACCUUUUUUUUCAUAAAUGAAUUAGUGAUCAUUUUGUCAUAAAUAGGAUGUGAUUCCUAAAAUCUGGAUGAAGCAACUUGAUCUCAAGGACAUGCCUGUUAUUAUAAAGUUGGCUGGUCCAGUAUAGCUCACAAAACAGGCAAAUUUUAGCAUGGUCCCUCUUACCUCUCCUUUUUACAUGAGAGGUAAGAGUACAUAAUAGAUCUGAGCCAUUGAUUUGAUUAAAUAGUGUACCUCCCAUGUGAAAGAGAGGGUAAGAGGGAGCAUGUUAAAAUCAUUUGUCUUUAGAUAGAAGAGAAAGAAGCAGAUGUGUAAUACUGUAAUGUAAAGCUUUAUUAUCGUAAUCUCCCAUGUACACCUUAUUCUAACAGUGAAUUUCCUAUGCUUAUAGGGACAAUCCUUGUUUGCGGAUAUGGAAAGAGCAAAUCAGCUUCACAAUAUCAAGCUCUACAUGAAUAGCAUGUGUAACUUGACUCUUGCAAACAGUACAGAUGUGAAGGGAAAUAUUGUCCUUUGCUUCAGUAUAACCUCUGUUUUCCCGAUUGCUCAAUUGUAUAGAUUAGCAUCAGCAGUGGUCAACAACGGAGGAGAAGGUUUUAUCUUCACGCAGCAAAAUGCUGACCUUCUUGUUGCCUGGCAGUUUCGUGCCAUGUCCAUCCCAUGCGUUUCUAUUGAUUUGGAGGUUGCUUACAAGAUAAUUCAGUAUUUCAGUACCAGCCAGAAUCCGGUAGCAAAGGUUUCUUUAAGUCGGACAACAACUGGAAGUGGAUUUCCUGAUCCAAAGAUUGCAGCUUUCUCAUCAAGGGGUCCAAGCUCCGUCUAUCCUGCAGUGCUCAAGCCUGACAUUGCUGCACCGGGGGUGAAUAUUUUAGCAGCAGCGCCACAGGUUGGUAUUUACAAGGAAUUGGGGCUCUACUUCUUCGAUUCAGGGACAUCGAUGGCUUGCCCACAUGUUUCCGGUAUUAUAGCCAUGCUCAAGUCACUCCACCCAGACUGGUCACCUGCUGCUUUCAAAUCAGCACUCAUGACAACUGAUAGGGGUUUUGCAGCAUACAUUACAGACAACAACGGUCUUCCAUUACUAGCUGAUGCAACCCCAAAUAAGAUUGCAGAUCCUUUUGAUUAUGGAGCUGGAUUUGUCAAUCCGACUCAGGCGAGCGAUCCUGGACUUAUAUAUGAUACCGAUGCUUCAGAUUACCAGAAAUUGUUCAAUUGCAUGUAUGGGUCAGAUACAAACGGUAGUUGUAUAGCAACUGAGAAAUCCUUGUUUGACCUGAAUCUCCCAUCAAUCGCCAUCCCCAAUCUCAAGUCAUCGGAAACGGUAUCAAGAACUGUCACCAAUGUGGGCCAAGUUGAUGCAGUGUAUAAAGCAUUUGUUGAGCCCCCUGCCGGUGUUGAUAUGCUGGUCAAACCCAUGGUGUUGGUGUUUGGCAAGGAUACAAGCUCACAGUCUUUCAAGGUGAGCUUCAAGGCAACACGAAAGAUCCAAGGCGAUUACACAUUUGGUAAUUUGGUGUGGCACGAUGGAGGCAGACAUUGGGUCCGAAUCCCGAUAGCGGUUCAUGUUGUCAUCGAAGAUCUCUAUUCAACCGUCUCCUAAACUAUCGGUGUGGAGGCAAAGGGUUAAGUUUGUAGUUAAUGUAUGUAAUAAGUGAUGUGCUACUUGAUGUUUGAAUUUGUUGGCUGUUGCGUCCAUAAUUUUACGAGAACAAAAUGCUCACGUAUCAUGAUAUCUGAGCUUCAUUUGAUGAAAUAAAAGCAGUUUUAAUUGUUAUUCUCAA